AUGCAAAGAAUGAACAAUGUAACAGAGUUCAUCCUACUGGGCCUGACCCAAAAUCCAAAACUGCAGAAACUCUUACUUUCUGGGUUUUUAAUCACCUAUGUGAUUACUCUGGCAGGUAACCUGCUUAUCUCAUUCACCAUCUUCGUCACCCCAGCUCUAGGUUCUCCCAUGUACUUUUUUCUGUGCUAUUUGUCCAUCAUAGAUGGUUUCUACUCAUCUUCCAUAGCUCCCAAAAUGAUAUUUGGCUUCAUCAGUGAAAAGAACACGAUAUCCUUCAAUGGCUGUAUGACUCAGCUCUUUGCUGUACAUUUAUUUGCUGGAGCUGAGAUUGUCUUGUUAAUUGUCAUGGCCUAUGACCGCUAUGUGGCCAUCUGUAAGCCGUUGCAUUACAGGACCAUCAUGAGACAACCUCUGUGUGUUUUCCUGGUGGGAACGGCUGGAUUUGUAGGGUUUCUUCAUGGAGGAAUUCAAGUUUUACUCUUGGUCCAGUUACCAUUCUGUGGCCCCAAUGUCAUUGACCACUUCAUGUGUGACUUAAUUCCUGUCCUGAAACUAGCCUGCACGGACACUCACAUUUUGGGACCCCUCAUUACUGCCAACAGUGGCUCAAUGUGUUUGCUCACUUUUUCCAUGCUACUUACUUCCUAUAUUGUCAUCCUGCACUCCCUGAGGAAUCACAGUGCAGAGGGGCGUCGCAAAGCCCUGUCUACCUGUGCCUCUCACGUCACUGUGGUCAUCUUGUUCUUUGUACCUUGUUCAUAUUUGUACCUAAGACCCAUGAUCUCCUUCCCCACUGACAAAGCUGUCAUGGUGUUUUGCACCGUAGUAACUCCUAUGUUGAACCCCUUAAUCUAUACCUUCAGAAAUGCAGAAAUGAAAAAUGCCAUGAAGAAACUCUGGAGGCAAAUAAUGAAGAAACUCUGCAGGUAA